AUGGUGCUGCUCAUACCUCUCAUCUUUACACUCUUCCUGGAGGAAAUAUCUCAAGGAUUCUCCGAUCAGUUUUUGCUGACAGUAUCUCCAGCAUCAGUUCAGAAAGACUCGAGCACUGUGCAGCUGAGACAUGAUGAACGUGAUGCUCAGUCUGAUUUUAGUAAGAAUGAGCGGCCAGAUAUUAAAGUCAUCCAUGAUUCUCAAAAUGGUGAAAUUAGAAUAGUUUGUGACAUACCAGGAUCAGAUGAUGGUGGUUAUACUUGUUUUCUUUCUCUUGGAGAUGAAUAUCUACAAUAUAAAAAGAUAGCAUCUCAUAAACUGUCUGGAAAAACACAGUGUCUUUUUACAGUCUUGGAAAAUGAAUUUCCAAAUAGACUGAAGUCCGUCGAGAAUAAAGUAAUGAGCUGCAGUUAUUCUCCAAAAAACGCAUCAUCCAAAGGAUCAUAUAGUGAGAAGUUCAACAUAACAGGUUUGUAA